GGCCUGGAGUUUAGGGGAGGGGCCCUUAAAAUGCCCAGCCAGAGAGGUCCUGAGCCAGAGCUGGAGGCUGGAGACAAGGCUGCCAUGGCUGCUUGGCUUCCUCGGCUCCUCUGCCUUUGGCUCCUUUCAGGGGCCUCACUAGCCGUGACGUUUCAUGAAUGUCCGCUGGCCAAGAUUUUCCUUGAGGAAGGGCUGGACGGAUACGCAGGCAUCUCUUUGGAACAGUGGAUGUGUAUAGCAUUUCACUCAAGUUCGUACAAUACGGAUCACACCAACAAGUAUGGAUUUGGAUUGUUUCAUUUCGACAGACAAGUUUGGUGCAAAACGGGCGAGGAGGACUCACUGAACCUCUGCAACAUAUGCUGUUCAAGGAUGUGUAUAGCAUAUCACUCAAGUAAGUACAAUACGGAUCACAAGAAUCGGUUUGGAUUUGGAAUUUUUCAUUUCGACAGCCAGGUUUGGUGCAAAACGGGCGAGGAGGACUCACUGAACCUCUGUAACAUAUGCUGUUCAAAGUUGGCAGAUAUGAACAUCCACGACGACAUUAAGUGUGUCAAAAAAGUUGUGCGCUCGCCAGAAAAACUAGACCAAUUCUGGGCAUGGAAGGCGGUGUGCAAGUCUGAACCUUUAGACCAUUGGGCUGGAAAAGUGAACUGCAAAAGGCUCAAUCGUCCGUGGAAGAAUAUAUCAUGAAACAGUGUUUCUCUUGAUUUGUUCUGAAAGAAAAGGGAUGAGAACUAGCUUCUCUCCUUUUGAUCCAUGUUCUGUCUCUUCUUGCUUUGGAAAAAUGUCCUUUCAUUGCUGAAAUUGUCAAUAAAUCGAAGCAGAUUCUAGGUUCUGCUGAAUGAACA